UUUUUACAACAAAUCGGGAGAUUUUGCAUAUCAAUUCAGAAUAAAACCAAUUCAGAAGUUGUAGAGAUAAAUCAGGAAUCAGUAAAUUUGCAUGUGCAUUCUACCAGUGAUGUUGUUGUUCAUAUGGCGCAUGAAGAACCCAUAGAAAGUGCUCCUCCUCAAGGUUCCUAUUUUGAUAUCGAAAUACCUGAAGGUGUUGAUGCUGCAUUUUUGGCAGCCUUACCAGUAGAAAUUCGCGAGGAAGUUCUAAGGGAUUAUUCAAGGCAGCAAAGAGCGCAGAGACUUGCAAGAUCUACUGGUAUUGGAGAUGAUUCUGGAGCUCAAAGCGCAGGUGGGAGCGGAAAUGAUUUGCAACCUUUAGAUCCUGAAUUCUUAAGUGCUCUACCCCCUGAUUUACAAGAUGAGAUCAUAGCGCAGCAUGAACGGUCAAUUAGACUUGCGAAUGAGCGGCAAAAUGCGAUUGUUGAUGAUGCUGCUGCAGUUAUUGAAUCGUUGCCACCAACCCUUCGAGCCCAAGUUUUAGCAGAUGCACAUGAAUCGGUCUUGCAGGUAUUGCCGCAAAAUGUCGUUGCUGAAGCUCGUCGUCUUAGAGCUAAUUUUGAACAUCAAGUUUUAAUGCGACUUGCAAGGCUGCUAGCCCCUGGACGAUUUCGGCAGACAGCUAGAAGCAAUCAGAAUUCGUUUGGAAUAAAUGUUCCGUUUGGUACUCUAGCAGGAAACACUAACCUAGCCACAAAUAUCGUAAAGGAAUUAUUUGAUCGUAACUCAAUCAUUGUUAUAGUAAUUUUGUUUUUCGUAGAUCCUUCUCGCCUACACAUUCAGCGAUUACAAAAAUUAGUGCGGAGCAUGUGUUUACAUUCAAAAACCUGUGAAUUUAUGAUAUGGUGUCUUUUGGCCGUCUUUAACGAGCUUGAUGCUAGCGCAAAUGAUUAUGAGGAAUUAGUUGGACUUUCUGCGGGAUUUAUUGAUAGUAUAUCAGUCAACUGUGGUCAUAUGCAGUUCGAACGCGCCAUCAAAUUUGUCAGUGAACAAGGAAAAGUGAAAAUUCAUCCCUUGGCUGCAAUUAAUGUUGCCAGAUAUAUUUUGGAAACGUUGAUAAAUCUUGCAAAAGCUUUUCCUGGUCAGUUUUUGCCGGUAAGAUUGCGCAAAAACGUUUCUUCAGAUGAGCCAGUUAUUCAUGAUACCGUACCAUUUUCGCAAUUCUGGCAAGAUGUCUAUAAGUAUGUGAUAAAUUUCUGUAAAAUUAUUAGAUUUGAAAGCUACCCUCUUUUAAUGACAAAUUCUGAUCAAAUGCACAUAUUUAAGAUUCUGAUGGAUGGUAAACUUUCGGAUGAUGGUUUAACUGCUGGGAGAUUACUGCUUUUAGAAGCUCUGCGCGCUUUAACCCCUUAUGUCGCGAACUUUGUUAAUUCUCUUCUUAUAACUUCUGUUGAAACAUUGGGAAAUCGCCUUUUGCGUCUUAUCAAACUUUUCAUAAAGGAAUUGGAAGAGGUGCCUUUUGGUGAUGAAACAAUUUUAGCAGAGUCAUCAGAUCAGCCAAGUACUUCAAGGUUUAUUUUCAUAUUAAUGCGGAUAUUUCAGUGGUCUCUUCAUUAUAGUGAAUUCACUAAUUUUUUUCAGGCAAGAAAAUUUGUCGCCUCUUACCAUUCAGAGAAACUCUCAUCACUCAGAAACUUCACCGUAAUUAUUUCAUUCCAGAAAGACGGUAGCCUAAGUUCAGCAUUAGCUGGAUUAGAUCCUUUAUGGGAAGCAACUUCAAUUUGUCUUAAACGCUUAGAACGUGCUGGAACUCAUGCAGCUCUAGUUUUGCAGCCAACGGCUGAAGCUUUUUUCAUUGUCCAUGCAUCUGCUGUUUGCGAUAUAGAAUUAGCCAGACAGCAUGAGCAUCCAGAUGCUCAAAAACUCAUUCAUUUCACAGAACGCCAUAGAAAUGUCAUAAAUCAAGUAUUGCGUCAAAACGGUCAUACGUUCAUCGAAAGUCCAUUUUCUGCUCUUCUUCAUAUUCCUAAACUUCUAGAUUUCGACGUCAAACGAAAAUAUUUUUUGCGGCAAAUUCAGAGAAUGGAGGAUCGUGCAAGGAGUGAUAGCAUUGGCAUCAGAGUGCGUCGUAGUCAUCUCUUCAGCGAUAGCUUUCGCGAGUUAUUCCGCCUUCGAGGUCCUGAGUGGAAAUCGCGAUUUUACGUAGUUUUUGAAGGUGAAGAAGGUCAAGAUGCUGGUGGUCUUCUUCGUGAAUGGUUUUCAAUAAUCACCCGUGAAAUUUUUAAUCCAAAUUAUGCACUUUUCCUUACAGCUCCUGGCGAUCGAGUUACAUAUAUGAUUAAUAAAUCAUCUCACAUUAAUCCAGAGCAUCUUGAUUAUUUCAAGUUUGUUGGUCGCAUCAUCGCAAAAGCAAUUUAUGAAGAUAAACAAUUGGACUGUUAUUUUACGAGAGCUUUUUACAAACACAUAUUAAGUAUUCCAGUGAGAACACUUGACCUUGAGUCCGAGGACCCAAGUUUCCAUAAAUCGCUCGAAUUUCUUCUUACCAACCCAGUCGAAGAUUUUGGAACGGAUUUGACAUUCAGUCUGGAAGUGGAAGAAUUUGGAGAGCGCAAAUUGCGAGAGCUUAAAGAAAACGGAGCAUCGAUCAUUGUGACCGAUGGAAAUAAAGAAGAAUAUGUCAAACUUGUGAGCCAAAUGAAAAUGACUGGAUCAAUUAAUCAACAACUGAAAGCGUUUUUGGAUGGUUUCUAUGAAAUUAUUCCAAAAGAUCUCAUUUCAAUUUUCAAUGAGCAAGAAUUAGAAUUAUUGAUUAGUGGUCUGCCAAAUUUUGAUAUUGAUGAUCUCUUCGCUAAUACGGAUUAUAAAAGUUAUAGCAAAUCAUCACCACAAAUCCAAUGGUUUUGGAAAGCCCUUCGCUCGUUUGAAGAUGAAGAUCGUGCAAAAUUUUUACAGUUCGUGACAGGUACCAGCAAAGUACCAUUGCAAGGUUUUGCUUCACUGGAAGGAAUGAAUGGCAUACAGAAGUUCUCAAUUCAUUUAGAUUCUCGUUCAUCUGAUCGUCUUCCUACUGCACAUACUUGUUUCAAUCAGCUUGAUUUACCUCAGUAUGAGUCGUAUGAGAAGCUCCGAGAUAUGCUUCUGCUUGCUGUUCGUGAAUGCACGGAAGGUUUUGGAUUUGCUUGA